GAGCUGGGAAAGAAUAGACCCGCGAUGGAUAAAUGUACGUGGUAGUCUGUGGUUAAAGAGGAGAGGAGGAGCCCUGAGAGCAGAGCCCCAGCUCAGGAGGGUUUGGCAGCUACAAGAAGGUUGAGCUCCACGGACACAGGAAACGGCCUGUGGCUACACUGGAGCCUGAGUGCAGCUUUCCCGAGCUUCGGUGUCUUCUCUGUGGUGAACCAUGGCUUCCGGCACCACGGCCAGCGAGGAGGAGCGCGGCCUCCGGGAAUGCGAGCUCUAUGUCCAGAAGCACAACAUCCAGGCGCUGCUCAAGGACUCCAUCGUGCAGCUGUGCACCGCGCGGCCCGAGAGGCCCAUGGCCUUCCUCAGGGAGUACUUCGAGAAGCUGGAGAAGGAGGAGGCAAAGCAGAUCCAGAACCUGCAGAAAGCAGGCAGCCGUGCAGACUCUCGGGAGGAUGAAAUCUCCCCGCCGCCCCCUAACCCCGUGGUGAAGGGCCGGCGGCGACGCGGGGCCAUCAGCGCUGAGGUCUACACCGAGGAGGAUGCUGCGUCCUAUGUUCGGAAGGUUAUACCGAAAGAUUAUAAGACAAUGGCUGCUUUAGCUAAAGCCAUUGAAAAGAACGUACUGUUUUCACAUCUUGAUGAUAACGAGAGAAGUGACAUUUUUGACGCCAUGUUCCCGGUUUCCUUUAUUGCUGGAGAGACUGUCAUUCAGCAGGGUGACGAAGGGGAUAACUUCUACGUGAUUGACCAAGGAGAGAUGGACGUCUAUGUCAACAAUGAAUGGGCAACCAGCGUUGGGGAAGGAGGGAGCUUCGGGGAGCUUGCUCUGAUUUACGGGACUCCUCGAGCGGCCACUGUCAAGGCCAAGACGAACGUGAAGCUGUGGGGCAUUGACCGGGACAGCUACAGAAGGAUCCUCAUGGGAAGCACGCUGAGAAAGCGGAAGAUGUAUGAGGAGUUUCUUAGUAAAGUGUCUAUUUUAGAAUCUCUGGACAAGUGGGAGCGUCUCACGGUAGCCGAUGCGUUGGAACCAGUCCAGUUUGAAGACGGGCAGAAGAUUGUGGUGCAGGGGGAGCCGGGUGAUGAGUUCUUCAUUAUCUUGGAGGGCUCGGCCGCGGUGCUGCAGCGGCGCUCAGAGAACGAGGAGUUUGUGGAGGUGGGAAGGCUGGGCCCUUCGGACUACUUCGGCGAGAUCGCUCUGCUGAUGAACCGGCCCCGUGCAGCCACCGUGGUAGCCCGCGGCCCACUGAAGUGCGUCAAGCUGGACCGGCCGCGGUUCGAGCGUGUCCUCGGCCCGUGCUCCGACAUCCUCAAGCGCAACAUCCAGCAGUACAACAGCUUCGUGUCCCUGUCUGUGUGAGGCCCGCCCCGGCCCCGCGCAGCGCCCGCCGCCCCUGGCACCGCAGCUUCCUGUCGGCUUCUGUUCAAGUUGCUUUUGUGGCACCGUUUUUAUUUUGGCGCAUUACUGAGUGCUCACACAGCUAAAUAAAUAGAAGAGUUCUCUGAA